GCGCUGGCGCGGCGAGCGGCGGCAGGCGCGGCCGGGCCCGGCUCCCGGCAGGGUCCGAGCGGGACGUGCCGUGCAAAUGCCACAAGCGGCACGUCAAGUUGCCCAGGAUUUGUCAAAGUCGCAAGCGAAAACUGUCGUUUCUUCUAAAAAGAAAGCUAGGCCAAAGAAGACGGUUCCUGCACAGCGAGUGGAACCUCCGAGAAUUCCUGAACACGAUGAGGCCAAGACACUCCUGCUGAGGCACAGCAACAGGGCGACACAGCGCGUGUCACCGCUUCGCAGGGAGUUCCAGCCUGGAUGCUUUCAGCAGCAGAGACUGCUGACGUGCCCAGCCAGAAGCCAUCAGCCUCGGUGCCAAAGGGUGUUGCCCAACUCCUUUUACGGUAAGUAGAUGCAGCUCUGGGAUCUUGGCCAGAGUUGUUGACUCGUCUUCCUCAUCUUUUUCAGGCAAUGCAAGGCGAUGCUGCUCCUCAUCCGGGAUCAAGGAAAGCACAGAUGCCGCUGAUGGCACUGAGUCCCAAGAUGGGAGAGGCUGCAGCAUGGCAGCAAGCACAGCAGACGACUCCACUUUAGCAGCAGGUAUCCAUGGUAGUGGAUUGGACAGACAUCCAGGAAAAGGUAAUGAAAGAAAGACAUGUGAUACAGGACACAGAAGCUCUUGUGAUGCCGGUGACUUAUGAUGCACAGGGCCAGAAGCCAAGAUGGGAACAGAUGGAUCACAAAGCAGUUACGGAUUUGAUGAAAGCGGUCAGAGACAACUGAGUUCUCCAUAUUUUCAGCAGCUUUAAAGGGCACUUUCAACAUCUAUGAUAUAACACCUUAUGAUCUCAAAUGUCUUGUGGCGAUGAUUCCUGCAGAUACACCGGCCCUCGUGUGGACCGCAAGAUGGAGAAGGAUGCUCGAGGAGCUGAGAGCCAGAUACCAGAGCGGACCGAAUGCAAGCCUCACCUUGGCACAGUUGGCAGGUGAUCCCCCGGAGGACAAUGCAGCGCAGCAAGCGGUGAGACUUCCACGAGAUGUGUUGGGAGACGUCAAAGAAGUGGCACGAAGAGCAGUCCUGGAAAUCGCUCCAGCAGGGGUUCAAGACACCAUUUACUCAAGCCUUAGGCAAGGUCCUUCAGAGCCUUUCUCUUCGUUCACAGAUCGUCUCACGCAGACAAUGGAUCGACAAGUGACCGAUGAGGUGGCGGAACCACAUCUACUCAGGAGCCUUGCACUUGCCAGUGCCAAUCCGGAGUGCAGGCGAAUCAUCAGCGCGAUGGCGAGCAAUGAACCCUCUCUGGCGGAGAUGGUGGAAGAGUGCAGCAAGGUGGGGACGCCUCAGCACGUUUCAUCCAUCGUGGAGGAACGGAUGGAGCAGCGGAUGGAAACAAUGUUCAAAGAGGUUCUUGCAACCCUCAACAAGGGCAACAACUCACGCAGACAGUGUUACAAAUGCAGAGCCCACGGGCACUUUAAGAAAAACUGCCCAGGACUUAUAAAGACACAAAAGCCAGCGGACGUUUGCCCCAGGUGCAGGAGAGGGAGGUACCUCGCCAGGACUGCCGCUGGCAGACGGAUGUCGAUGGAAAACCCCUGCCGCAUCCGGGAAACUUGAAAAAGAACACGAGUCAUCAGCGCGCAACAACACAAGCGAUGGCGGCAACACAAGAGCAAACAGGACAAUCAUUGGGGAACGACAAGCUGACUCCCUCAGCAGGACAAUCUGUGGGGUCCCCAGUGACCCAGGGUUACUGCCACCAGGAGCUCAAUGCACCCUGGCAAGCUCCAAAGUGACAUGCUUUCUAGACAAGGGUCAUGCAGUGAUACCCACGGGUGUCCCUGGGACUUCAUGGAAAAGGCAAGACUUUUGAGUAAUAGGGAAAGACAGAAGUAGUACUCUCAGACUUGUUGUUCAUCCUUCAAUCGUCUUGGCAGAACAAAAGGAAGAGCUGACAGUUCUGGCCAAAGAUCUUUGGCCACCAAUGAGAGUUCCAGAAAAUACCCCAAUAGCUAAAGCUAUUGCCUUGCCACCGCAUGAACAGGUCAUGUCGGUGUUUGAUCAAGGAGGGUGUUCUUUUGCUGACCAUGUGGAAAUACAUGCCUCAUGGGUGAAAGAUAUAGGUCGAGAUCGGCCCACAAUCACUUGUCAAAUGACUUGUGGUGGAAAGUCGACCGUGAUCCGAGGAAUGCUCGACACUGGGGCCGACAUGACGUCAUUUCAUCCAUUUUUGGCCCCAGAAGUGGAAGGUAGUUGAACCCUUGGGUUCUCUCUGAGGCAUAGGAGGGAGCUCCCGAUGUCUGCAGUGUGAGGAGGCAAUUGUUGUCUCAGGGCUAGGGGAAAAAACAGCAAUUAUUCAUCCUUUCAUUGUGCAGAAGCCCAUCAGAGUUUGGGCAGGGGAUCUUUUGACACAGUGGGGCACAAAGCUGGAGGUGGAUUUUUAGUGGUGGUCACUGCAGCACUCACCACUCUGAAAAUGUCUUGGAAAACAACCAAUCCUGUCUGGGUGGACCAGCGGCCCCUUGGACGACAAAAAUUGAGUGCUCUGAAGAAUUUGGUUGAAGAACAAUUGUGGAAGGGACGCACAGGGUGUCCAGGCAUUUGUACAAUUCAUUUUCCAAGUCACAGAUUGCUAAAGGCAAGGGUGAGUUUCAGGGCAAAACCAAAAUGAAGUGAGGAACCUUGAAUGGGUUGACAGUAUUUACUGACAGUUCAGGGAAGACUCACAAAUCAGUAAUCACAUGGAAAAAUCCGGUCUCAGGGAAUUGGGAUUCAAAUAUAAAAAUAGUACAAGGAUCACCACAAAUUGUGGAACUUGCAGCAGUGGUCAGAGUUUUCCAGUUGUUUCAGCAACCACUGCACUUGAUCACAGAUUCAGCAUCCAUUGCAAAUGUGGUUAAACGGUUGGAAGGUUGACUUUUAAAAGGUCAGAUAACCUCUACCAGACAUUUUUGAACAGGUGAGACUAAGUCAUGCAUUUUUUCAUCAAAAUGCACAGGCAUUGAUGGAAUCCUUUCUCAUUUCAAAAACUCUAGCAGAGGAAACCAUCAAUGCAUGUUCAGAUUGUCAGCUUGUGCAGCCACCUGCAUCCAGUGGAGCAGUCAAUCCAAGGGGAUUGCAGAGUCUUCAAUUAUGGCAAGCUGAUGUCACAAAAGAUCCAUCUUUUGGACGCUCAAAAACAUUCAUGUCUCAGUCGACACCUUUUCAGGAGUGAUCUACAUCUUUACAUACAGGGGAAACCAUGAAUCAUACCACAUGACAUUUUCUACAAGCAUUUGCUUCAUUAGGGGUACCACAGGAAAUAAAAACAGAUGAUGGACCAACUUGUAUAGGGAAGGGAAGUGUCAUUGUGGAAGUUAUGGAGUAAUCACAGCAUCGAAUUGCAAGAGAGACAAGAGCCAUGAGGCUCAUCAGAACAGCCGGGGACAUGCCAGACACUUAUUCCCACUCUGGUGACUCCAGAGUCAGGGGAAGCAGAGGCUGGGAUGACACCAGGCAGCUCCUUGCCGGGGAAGGCUGGGCAGUCCAACCACAGAGCUUGGGCACACUCAAAGCAACAGCAGCAAAUCCCUUCUCUCUGUGCUCAAGCCAAACAGCCCUGCAGAUAUUUAUUCCCAGUGUGGCUCUGGAGAUAAGGCCAGGGGAUGCUGUGGGAAUCAGUGAAGGGCUGGGGUGCCCUUCUCUGGCAGAAGCUUUUGGGCACACUCUCUUCAGGACGGAAGCACAGGCGGUUUUACGUCACAUUUCUGACUCGUUCACUGCUGCCUGUGCACACACCAAGGCCACGGCAAUGAGCUCACACACAGCAGUGAUGCCAGACAGGCACUGGAGCAGAAUCCAUGGGAAAAACCCAUGAAAUGUCCCAGUAACAGAGGAUGGGAACUCAGCAGUGCCACCUGCAGUCAGCUCAGAGCUCACCAGAGAGCAGGGACAAGUGCCACCUUCAGCAGCACGAGGCUGAGCUGGGCAAGGGCAGGCCACAUUCUGGACUGCACCACAGCUGCUGUUCCCUGCCCACAAGGAACUGCAGCAGGGAUUUACUGCAGGAGGGCUGGGCCAGACCCUGCCUGGAGCCCGGGCACAGCCCCAGCCCCACACUGGCUUAAACACAGGAGGGAAUCAGCAGCUAAAGUCACCUGAAGCUCCCCUCUGAUUUCCCAACACACAGUCAAGUGCUUUGUCACCCUCCCACAGACAAAGCCACUGCUCCCUUCACUCAGCUGAGGCCUUUGCCUGCCCGUGAACACCAGAAAGCUUUGCUGUGACAACAGCCCAUGGAGUAUAAAUAACCCAAUGGUUCUUCACUGCCCCUCUCCCUUUAAGCUAUUGCAGCACCAGUGGCUGCUCUGACCAUCCCAGCAGACAUGAGGAGGCUGCAGCCAAUUCUACUCCUGCAACUGAAGAGCAACAGACUUGAAGGUACUGAAGAAGUCUUAGUCACAUAUUGAUACAGAACUUUUUAAGACAGCAAAUAACACCUGUAAAGUUGCAAACAAUUUUUAUUCUGUUCCAAAGGGGAAAAUGUUGCUGGGGAGAUUUCUGCUGCUGGCAGCUGAAUGCUGGCAUUGGCCACUAUGGAAUCACUGGUGAGCACAGAGUGCAGCAAGGUGUGUGAGGGGAGUGAGAGCCACUGCAGCAGCCUGGGCGGCUGGGACAUCUGCCACAGGGCUCCUCUCAUGCCCGGCACGGGCUCCUCUCCUCCACAGUUCACAGUGUGCCUGCGGUGCAAGGGCCAGACCAUUUACCAGCAGGUCUUGUCCCUGGAGAGACCCAGCAGCCUGCAGAGCUGGAACUGGGGCUACUGCGGCCGCUACGGCUUUUACCACGCCCUGUACCCCCGUGCCUGGCUGGUCUACGAGCUGCCGGGGCAGCAGGUGGUGCUCACCUGCCGGCAGGUCUCGCCCGUCAUCCCCCACGACUAUAAGGACUCCAGCUUGCCGGUGGCAGUGUUCGUCUGGGAGGUGGAGAACGGCAGGGAUGAGGCCGUGGAGGUGUCCAUCAUGUUCAGCCUGCAGAACGGCGCGGGCGCGAAGGAGGCCGGCAGCGGCGGGCACUGGAACGAGCCCUUCGCCCUGCACAAGGACGGCCAGCGGGUUGCUGGGGUGCUGCUGCACCACUGCCCGGCCCUCAACCCCUUCACCCUGGCCAUCUCUGCCCGGCAGAAGGCUGGCACGGGAGUCACCCAUGUUACAGCAUUCGAUCCCACGGGAUUGGGGAGAGAGGUGUGGCAGGACCUCCUGCAGGAUGGCAGGCUGGAUUCACCUACUGUUAGUGGUGCCCUGACACACUACGAGGAGUGGGAGAGGAAGAUUGAAGCUUGGCAGAAUCCCAUCCUGGAGAACGGCCAGCUGCCUUCCUGGUACAAGUCAGCCCUCUUCAAUGAGCUCUACUUCAUGACGGAUGGAGGGACCAUCUGGAUGGAGGUGCCCCCUGAUUGCUGUGCCCAGGACCUGCAGGGCCCGGCGGGGGCGGGGCUCUCCCACCUCCUCCCUGUCCUGCGGGAGUACGGAAGGUUUGCUUAUUUGGAAGGCCAGGAGUACAACACCUACGACGUCCAUUUCUAUGCCUCCUUGGCUCUCAUCAUGCUGUGGCCCAAGCUGCAGAUCGGCCUGCAGUAUGACAUUGGUGAGUGUCCCCAGAGCCCUGCCUUGGUGCCUGCUCAGGGCUUCACCUCGGGGAGAGAUGGACACCUUGGGACAGCUGCUGCUGCUGCUGCUGCAGAGAUGUGUGCCAUGGAGCCCCUCCAGCCGCCCUGCUGAGCCCAGGACUGCAGCCCUGGAGUGUUGCUGCCCCAGCAGCUCUGUGCCCUGCACUGGGGGUGCCUUCUUGCCAUGCUGGGGGAGCACAGCUGGCUCUGCCUGCCCUGGGAGAGCCCCUGCUCUUCCCAGCUCUGUCCUUGCCCCUUGCAGAGGGAACAUGGAGCUGUUUGCAGACUCCCAGUGGGAGAUGGGCCACAGGCCAUGGCUCCAGGCUGAGCGGGGUCCUGCUGGCCUGCUCCAGCUGGGCCCCAAGGAGCCCCAGGUGGUGGCUGGGCUGACAAAGAGGAGCCCAAGCCAUGGAGGGUCACAGCAGGGCUCACACAAUGGCCGUCAGGGAUAGUGGCAAGAGAGGCCAGGACUGAGGAAAGGGAACGGGGGCUCUGGUCUAUGAAAGAGAGGAGACUCUGUGUGCUUGCAGAAAAGCUUUAUUGGGAGAAGCAGCUGCUGAAGCAGGAGGAAGGGCUACAGCCCGGCGCUGCCUCUUCUUCUGGGAGCUCCAAUGCUACCAACCUUCAAUCCUUGAGCUCUUCCAGGCGCCAGAAUGUGUCGUAGCCAGCCCUGAGGGGACACAGACAGAGAAAACGUAAGGAUGGGACAUGGGAGUGGCCCAAUGCCCACCCAGCCCUGUGUCCUUCCAAAGCAUUUGCACCUUGUCAGGAUGCCCAGGGAAGCUGGGCACAAGCACCCUGUCCUCCCUCACCUGCACACUGGCAGCUGCUCUGCCAAGUGCUGAGCACCACAGGCUGGGAGCACCACCCUUCAUCCCCACCCUCAGGCCAUUCAGGAUUCCUCCUCAGGCCUUUGGCUUUGGAAAUGCCUCUCAGGUGGUGGAGCUUCCCUUGAGCUAGUCACAGACACUUUGCACACCAAGUCCCUCUGUUGCCUUAGCAGGGAACCAAUACCCCAAAAGCCUUGGGCAAUUACUUGCCUCAAUCACAGCCCAAGUGGAACAAUGUUAUCAUUACUGGAACUGUGAAAAAUUCCUGUCAUCACCAUCUCACACUACAUCCUGCAUGAAGACUGACUGAUGGCUGAGGUCAAUCAUCCCAUGACUUUACCACAGCAUUCCUAAGGGAGGCCCCUGGAGCUCUCCUGGACCACUGCAGGGGCUGUGCCACCAUCUCCUGCCAAGCGCGUGGCUGAAGGGAUGUGAACACCCCAUAGCAAGUGCACUAGGACUGCUGCCAGCCUCCAUCUAUAAUUUAGACUCUGCUGUAAUUGUGGUAAACCUUCCCAAAUCACUUGACAAACGUUAAAUUAGUCAAUGGUUAAGUGCUGCCAUGUCCUUUAGACAGAAACCAUUGAGAAGGUCGAGAUUAAGAGUGGAAUCAGCCCCAGCUGGGAUCCAUCAAUAAUUUAGAAAGCAGAGGGUACCUCCCUCAACUUUGUGAUUCAGUUGAAGGCUCUCAUUUCUCCUUUUCCAUCUCCAGCCUCCAUGUAAAUCAUUCAAAACUGAUUCUAACCCAUCUAUUCCUUCCUGUGUUUUCCCCCUGCACAAAGCAAUCAAGUGAACCUUGUCAUGGAGCUCUGCUAAGUCCGACCUUUGCAAACAGAUAUUAAAGCUCCUUUUGCCAACACCUGUGAGAGUGACUCCUAAGUGACCUAAAGCACUCAUCUGUGACAGCCCCAACCCCUCAGGGCUGCACAGGGGACCUGUGCAGGGCAGGGACAGGGGACUCACAAGGUGGCAUUCCAGUUGUUUGCGAGUUUAUCCGAGUGUAACCUCAGCAGCCACAUGGUCUUCAGAACCUCCUUUCCAUGCUUAUCCACAAAGCACUGGCCCAUGAAAACAGUGAUGGUGUCUGUGGGGACAAGACAGGAGGUGGAGGGGAGCGUGGCCGAGGUGGCAGUCAGUGGCUGCCCCAGCUCAGGGGACAGUAGAGCCGUGCUGUCCCCAGCCUCUGGGCACAGUGGGCAUGGGGAAGCAGCGGGAGGGCUCAGAGGGCUGGGGUGUCCCACGCAGAUGGGCAGGCAGUGCAGGCUUCAGCCCCUGCUGCCUCUCCUGCAGCCUGGGACUGGGAGCUGAGAGCAAGCCAGGAGCUCCAGGGACAGGGAUGGGGCAGCUCCAGGGAGAGGAGAGGGAGAGCAGUGGGGAUAGGGCAGGGAAUCAGCAAGGACACUGCAGAGAAGGACAGAAGGCAGCUCUGGGGACACAACGAGGAUAAGUCUAAGUACUUGAAAAGCUCCAAUGAACAGUGAAACCAAAGGUGGGCUGGCUCGCAUAUGGGAGCUGCUGGGACCCCACCAGUGGUGAUUCCUUGAUCGGCCCUGGAGAUGCUGACGUAGCCGUGAAGUAGGUGCCGUUGAAAUCACCAUCUCCAUUUAUUUCACUGAUGGUCAUGUUGGAGCCCAGGUCAUUCUUCCAUUUCCCAGUCAGCUUACACUGGAGAGGAAAGAACUCAGCACUUGUGGCCCAGCACAGGCUGCAGCCACAGCCCCCUGCCCAGCCCACCCUGUGCAUCCCAGCCCUGAUGGUACCUGCUGUGUGCCCUGGAGGCUGUGAGCCCCCAGGGCCAGGAAGAGCACCAGCAGCAAGGGAGUUGCUUGCACCAUCUCUGCAGCAGAGGACAGCUGAUGUACCUGGGAUGUGCUCCUUGCAGCUCUCUGCUGAGGCUCCUGCUCCCUCUCCUUUUUAUUGCUGCCAGGGCUGUGGGUGGCACCUCUGGCCAGGGCAUGGUGCAAUCUGGGUGUACCCAAAUGUAUCAGCUAUCAGAGGGGGUGCGGGCAGCUGGCAUUCCCAGAUUGCCUUUGUUCCAAGAUAAAUGCAGCUGGACAGCCCAGGUGAGAUGCUCCAGUGUUGUGGUGUCACAGUACCUCUCCAGUGUCACAUUCCUAGUUCUGAAAAAUCCCUUUGCCCAGGAUUUUUCUCCUGGGAAGCUGAGAAGCCUCAGUGGAAAAGGAAAACAACAAUCAUCUAAUUUGCUUCUCCUUUGUUUUGCUCCUUUGGAAUGUGGUUGCAGAUUGUUUACCAACAAACGAUUCUUUCAUUGGGUUUCUGAUGUGAGUUAUUUUGACUCAUUGGCCAAUCAGUGUCAGGCUGUGUGAAGACACUGGAAAGAGUCACAAGUUUUCAUUAUUAACUUCUUAGCAUUCUCUCCGUAGCCUUUCUGUAUUCUUUAGUACAGUUUAUUAGUAUUCUUUUAUAUAAUGUAGUAUAAUAAACCAAUAAAUUAGCCUUCGGGGAACAA